GAGUGUCAAGUCUUCAAGGCUCAGAGCUUUACUGACUCACAGUUGACGUAGAAGAGUAGCCUGCGUAAUGUUUAACGUAGUGCACCAAGGUCGGAAAUGCGUGCCCCGUGCUUCGCUGUCCGUUGACGCCCCGUUAGGUGUGCACGCGGUAAACAUAACCAGCCGCGCGACUGUCAAAGAGGCACCAGAGGGAACGUGGCCUCCACCGGAUCCCAAAAUGCGCGUGUCCAAGGACGGUAAAGCGGGCGUCGCGAGGGUUGUACGGAGACAUCUGUCUCCUCAGUCCAAAAGUCUGGACAUCUUGGAGUGGCAUCAGAAGGGCCAGUCAGAGAGGACAGAUCAAGACACUUUAUUUAGUCCAACGGAGCACAAACACAGGGCAGGGGCACAGAGAGAAGUCACAGACGGACACGAUGUAGGUCCAGCGGGAGGACCACCGAGAAACCGGAAAAAGGGCUUCAGACCCCCGGACGUGAGGACCAUCUUCACCGAGGAGAGAGACCCCCGAGUCAAAGAGGAGUCCGGAGAGGGGCAUGUGUUCGGGCCCAGUGACGGGGGCGCCUGGUGUGAUGUUUGCUGCCAGUACAUCAUCCAACAAGGACUUACCUGUGCAGGUUGUAAAUAUGCCUGUCACACCACUUGUCGAGAUCAAGUGUCUUUGGACUGUAACCCUGUGGCUUUCAGCCCGGACCACGUCAACAACAACAACACACCACUGCAUGCUGAACCUGACUCUUGA